UUACCUGUCUAUGUUCCUGUGUAUUUCAGGUUUCUUAUCACAGGACCAGUGAGCCAUAUCUUCUACCAGCUGAUGGAGGUGUGGAUGCCCACGACAGACCCACUCUGCAUAGUCAAACGUCUGCGACUGGAUCGGCUUAUUUUUGCCCCUGGCUUUCUGCUGAUUUUCUACUUGGUUAUGAACAUCCUGGAGGCAAAAGGAUGGAGAGACUUUGAAAGCAAGAUGAGAGGAAGUUACUGGACUGCCUUGAAAAUGAACUGUAAAGUGUGGACUCCCUUUCAGUUCGUCAAUAUCAACUUUGUGCCUGUCGAGUUCCGAGUGCUGUUUGCCAACAUGGUCGCCUUAUUUUGGUACGCCUACCUUGCAUCUGUGAGGAAAUAAAGCUUCCCGACCUAACCUCACUGAACCGGAAG